AUGCGUGGCAUUGGUGUUGAAGACUCUGGUGGGGUUACAAGUAGGCACUGCAGUAAAGUCACCAUUGUGACUUUCGAUUGUAUUUUGAACAUGGCAGCCUUGUUCAAAGAGAAACCAGAACAUAUUUGGAACACCAUCUCAGAAGACUUUCCUUUGAACCCAAGUUUGAGAGAUAGAGCUGUCCCACUUGCAGGUUCGAAAGUGCCAGGAUAUUCACCAAUUUAUAGAAACGUCUACUCCCAAAAAGAGUUGAAGUCGGUUCCCUAUCCUGGCAUCACAACUUUGUAUGAUACUUUUGAGCUUUGUGCUGCCAAUAAUGGAGACAAACCAGCUUUUGGUCAUAGAGUUCAAAAAGAGGAUGGUAAGUUUGGUGAGUAUGUUUGGCAAGACUACAAUACUGUGCAAAAGAGGAGAAACAAUUUGGGAUCAGGUUUGUUUUUCGUUUUGGAAAACAAUCCAUACAAGACUGAUAGUGAAGCACACAAGAAGUUGAAGUAUGACCCUUUGAGCGACGAAUCUUUUGUGUUGACCAUGUUUUCUCACAACAGACCAGAAUGGGCGCUUGCUGAUUUGAUGUCGGCUGCAUAUUCCAUCACAAAUACCGCUUUGUAUGAUACGUUGGGACCUGACACGAGUAAGUACAUCUUGAACCUUACUGAGUGUCCAGUUGUUCUAUGCUCAAAAGACAAGGUCAAAGUUUUGGUUGAGUUGAAAGAAAAGAACCCAGAAGCGUUGAGCAAUUUGAUUUGUAUUGUUUCUAUGGACGAUUUGACCACUGAUGAUGCACCGUUGAAGAACUAUUGUCAUGACCACAACAUCUCAUUGUUUGACUACAAACAAGUUGAGAAGCUUGGAGAGAUCAAUCCAUUAGAUCCGAUUCCUCCAAAACCAGAAACCACAUUCACAAUCACUUUCACUUCUGGUACUACUGGAGCAAACCCCAAAGGUGUGCUUUUGACCCACGAAAAUGCAGUUGCUGGAGUCACCUUUAGUCUCUCUGCGAUUCCAUUACCCAAACUUUACCCCACUUUUUAUUCAUUCUUGCCGUUAGCGCAUAUUUAUGAACGGCUAAAUCUUCACUUUGCUACAGCUCUUGGUGCCGCAAUUGGAUAUCCUCAAGGUCGCUCGCCAUUGACUUUGUUGGAAGAUGUUCAAGUCUUGCAGCCAGACAUUUUGUCCCUAGUGCCUAGGGUUUUGACCAAAUUGGAAGCUGGUAUCAAGGCGCAAACUAUCAACAAUGACGAAAACCCAAUUUUGAAGAGCUUGUUCACCAAGGCCAUUAACGCCAAGAUGGAAUUGAUAACAAAUCCUGCUAAUGAAAACACCAAUCCAUCACAUUUGUUGUACGAUAGAGUGUUGGGUUUGUUGCGCAAAAAAAUGGGGAUGGGCAAACUUGUAGGAUUCGUGACGGGUGCAGCACCAAUCAGUCCUGAAACUGUGAAAUUCUUGAAGGCGUCAUUGAAUUGUGGGUUAGGCCAAGGGUAUGGUAUGAGUGAGACUUUUUCCGGUAUAAUGGCCAGCUCUAUUCAUGAAACGGAAGCAAGCUCGUGUGGUCCGGUUUGUAUUACUACUGAGGUGAAGACGAGAGAUUUACCGGAAAUGGGAUACACUUCAAAAGAUGAAGGCGGACCACGAGGCGAGUUACUAGUUCGUGGGCCACAGAUUUUCCGUGAAUACUACAAGAAUCCAGAAGAGACUGCCAAAAGUUUUGACGAGGAGGGAUGGUUCCACACUGGUGAUGUUGCUCGUAUAGACGCGAGAACUGGGCGUACUUGGAUCAUUGAUAGGGUCAAGAACUUUUUCAAAUUGGCUCAAGGUGAGUAUGUUACACCGGAAAGGAUUGAAAACACGUAUUUGAGCUGUUUCCCAUACCUUGCGCAAAUGUUUGUUCAUGGAGAUUCCUUACGCACGCACUUGGUUGGUGUUGUGGGAGUUGACCCAGUUUCCAUUACUCUGUACAUCAAGGGCAGACACAAUGAGACCAUUAAUGACCCAGCUGAUUUGGUGAGAUUUUUUGGUGAUCCCCAACGCAAGCGCCAAUUGUUGAUUGAUAUGAAUGCUUCUCUCGGUGACAAGUUGCAAGGUUUUGAAAAGUUGCACAAUAUUGAAGUUGAUAUUGAGCCGUUGUCUUUGGAGAAGAAUUUGAUCACUCCCACCAUGAAGAUCAAGAGACCAGUUUGUACCAAAUAUUUCAAGCAGACUUUGGACAAGUUGUAUGAGGAAGGCUCGCUUAUCAAGGGUGACAAAUUAUAG